UGUGUCCCAAGGAACAUGGUUUACGCUACCGGUCUUCUCUUUGCUACGCUCACCUUCCUCUGUGGAGUGGGUACAGAACUGCCGAAGUUUAUUACCAAGUCUGACACACAUAAGACAGUAGAGGGAGAGACCAUCACACUCCCGUGUGCUGUAGAUCACUUGGGUGAGUUCACCAAAAGGUCGUAUGUGCUGCUGUGGCGACGUGGUAACACUGUGCUGACAGCUGACAAACUUAUGGUCAUCAGAGACCCCAGGUUCAGCUUACACAAUGGCUUCAGUCUCAGAAUAGCCAACAUAACAGCUAAAGACGCUGGAGAAUACCUGUGCCAGAUCGCAGAUACGCCAGCUAAGGAUCAGGUUCACAGCGUACAAGUUCUUGUGCCGCCCAGUAUUCACAGCUCGCUGCCUAAUGGUCAAUUGACUACUCGCAAAGGUGGAACUGUGACUCUCUCCUGCACUGCUUCCGGGAACCCAAUGCCUUCCAUCGUGUGGCAUAGGCAGGGAAGCCCCCUGUUACACAACGAGGGGUUCUCUAUAACAAUAGAACGGGUAGACCGCCACCACUCAGGGCUGUAUCAAUGUACUGCCAGUAAUGGGGUCGGACCCCCCGUCACGGUGGACUUACAACUGGAUGUUUUGCAUUCCCCAGAAAUUGAAGCGGAGAGAUGUCGUGUUCAGACAGCUGAAGGGAGGAACGAGCUGUUGGUUUGCACAGUUUACGGCAAUCCCACACCAAAUAUGGUGUGGGUGAGAGACGGAAGUAUUCUGACUUCAUCUAACCGCUACUCGCUGGACAAGAACGGAAACCGGCACACGCUCAGCAUCAUCAACAUUCAGUCCUCGGAUUUCGGCAAUUUCACAUGCGCCGCAGAGAACUCGCUCGGCAAGACCAGAGAAAACAUUCUGAUCACGGGUAAGCCAGGCCGAGCGAAGGUGGUUAGCUCACCAUACAGCUACUCUGUCACCAGUUACAACCUGACAGCUGUGGUGGAGUCUGUGUCUCCCUUGCUAGAGGUCCGCUUCAUUUACAGAAGGAUAUUGAUCAACGACUCCCACCAGCAGCUGGGUACUUGGAAGGAAGUAAGCUUCAAACCUGCCUGGAGGAUAUCAUCUUCUCAGCACUUCCUGUCGUACAACAUCCGGGGACUGCAGUCCGCCGCCGUGUUCCAGGUCCACGUACAAGCCAGUAACCGCUACGGCUGGGGAGAGCUGUCAGACGUCUACCAGUUCUACACCCGAGGACCUGACGAUGACUUCUUCGAGAGAAAUUUGGAGCUGCUCUCAUCAAGGUCACCAAAAUCAUAUAUCAAUGCAGUGGGAUUGUUGGCUACGUUGAUUCUAGGCAUCAUUCUAUAGCGGAAUGUCUGAAGCAGAAAUUUCAACUACACAUCAUCUCCUCUUUCGUGUUGAUCAAUGUUAAAUUAAUGUUUAAUCAUUUAUGCUUCGUUUGUUAUAAUAUUGUUGAAUGAAAUGGAUACAUAAUUUCAAGCGUGUUUUAGUAAUCUAAGUUAUUUUAAAUUGUUUGAAUAAUAAGUAUAUUGGUGUUGAUAUUUUGUUAGCCCAUUUACAAGUAGGUUACGUAACAAUAUUUUGUACAAUUGAAUUUAGUUUCUUUAGUAUUAUGCCUAUGAUUUAGAAUGUAGUUAUAAACUUCUGUUAUUUUUUCCUUUUGUAAAUAAAUGUUGACCCUGUAAAUAUGAGUAGAUUACAAUUAAUUGUAGACUACAUGUUCUAUUACUAAUACGUAUUUUUGUAUGGAAAGAUGUUUAUAGGUUUGUUACUUUUAUAUUAAGUUAUAAAUUAAUAUAUAAGAUUCAAAAGUGUUGUUUGUAAUAAAGUUUUAUAAACAAAUAUUUUCAUAAUGUGUUCGAAUGUGAUACCGCUUUGUGAUGAAUAAAAGAUCUCUCAAGUAAGUGUA